UUGUGCUUUCAUGCAUCACAAAUGGUCCGCAGCGGGUUAAUUUUAAACAUUUUAAACCACAGUAUAUCCUCGUUACACCGAGUCGUUUCUGCAUUUCUUGUUUCAAAAAUCCAAUUUUAUCGCGACGCGCAGCUUCUGUCCCAUCAAAAUGGCAGACUGGAGGAGGCAGGUAACUUAUAAUUUCAACCCUUCUUCGUACCACGCCUACGCCUUCGUGUACCAGUCCGAACAGAACCCCGGGAACCCGUCCGGACCGAACGAGAACGUGGAUUUACGCGGCUGUAACUCGGGAACAACUCAGGCGUUUUACGCCGCCAGGUUCGGGGAGUCCUGCUCCCAGCAUCGCUACCAGGACUCGGGGGGACUUGUUAACGCCGGGGGGACCCAGGCCACCCACCUGCAGCAAGAAGGUGCGGGGACCGAGCAGACGCGGACCAGGAGCAGCUCGAACAGCGACACGGAGGCGCACGCUUCGCCAGAUUCCUGGAGUUCUGUCAGCAGUCGUGAGGGAAGUCUUCCCCAGGCGGACUCGGUCUGGGCUGAGAAAGAGGCCUGCCUGGAGGUCGCCGUCAGAAGCCCGGGCGGCAGAGAAGAGGUUUCCAGCUCCGUUGCAGAGGAGCCUCGGCCUCUUACCGCUUCCCCCACCCCUCCCAACGCGCCCCCGACUGCCUCUAAAACUGUCACCGCCGCUGAAGAGCCAUCCUGUAAACCAAACGUCCGCACAACCUUCACCCAGAGUCAGCUGCAGACCCUCUGCAAACGCUUCAACGCCCAGAAGUACCUCCCCCCCUCUGAGAUGAAGAAGCUGGCCGAGCAGAUCGGAGUGACGUAUAAACAGGUGAAGACCUGGUUUCAGAACCGCAGGAUGAAGCUCAGGAAAUGUCAGCGAGACACCAGCUGGGCGUUGGAGCGUUCCGCCUUCUAUAACGACGCCUCCAACAUGGCCUCACCUUACCCAGGUGAGGGGCGGCCUCACGUCAGGGAGCACUACAACCAGCAGGUGGCGUACUACAUGGGUUCYGGUUCUGCCGGUUUCCCACGCUGGCUGUCGAGCUCGCCGCAGGCCGCCGGGUGCUCCGUGCCUCCCUGCGAGUACAUGCCCAACAUGUUCGUCUCAAACAACCUCGAAACCAGCGGCGAGGAGCCGGUUUGCAUGCAGAACCCAUCCAUGGCGCCAAACGUCAACCUGUAGCUGAUGAACGGGUUAACCGUAAAACAAGUUCUGUUAAAAGUUUUAUCAUUUGUUUGCAGCURUUGUUUCUUUAGAUGCUUUUUGUAUCUCAGUGGUUUUUAUUAGCAGAUGCAAAUGUUCAGUUUGGAAUUUUGCACUGCUGCCUGUUUUUAUGCCUUCAUGUGUGGCGUUUUAAAAAUUAAAGUUUUCAUCAUCGUGUGAAA